AUGUGGCAGCUAUUGAUUGUGUUCGCCUGCCUGUCACCUGGCUACCACCAGGUGCAGGCGGUUUUUCUUGAAGAAUGCUCAGGAGUGAUUAUUAAUAAAGUGGCUAACCCUAAUCUGGAGUGCAGCGAAUUCGUUCAUUGUAAUGGUGAUGAUUCCUACUACUGCAACGGGGAUUGUCGGGAGCCCGUCGAGUGUUAUAUUACUACAGAAGUUCCAAAGGAAGUAACUACAUUAAAACCGCUACCCCCUAGCACAUCCACGGAAAAAUCCACCACACCAGAGGAACAACCUAAGCCUGCUAGCACCACAACCACCAAAAGCACCACUACUUCGACUUCAACUUCAACCAUAAGCACUACUCCCACGCCGAGCAACGAUAUCCAUGUGAUCUGCAGGACUAGUGGAAAAAACGGAGUGUAUCCUUAUCCGGCAAAUAGCAAUUACUAUUAUCAGUGUCUUUCGGGUUACCUUCUACUACAGCAAUGCCCUCAGAAUUUUCAUUUCGAUGUGACUCAGGGACAGUGUAUUUCAACGAAACCGUAUCGCUCAUCGGGCUUACAUUUGUAA